CCAAAGAGAGGCACAUAGAUGGUAGGCAAUAUACACUUGAGUCAACUGUCUGCCGGGCACCGAGGCCCCGGCUCCCUGGGCUCGACGUGCUAGGGGCACCGCAGCCUCGGCCUCUGUCCUUCUCUCCCGCAGCCCCAGAUCUCCCGGACUUGGCGACCGCCCAGCUCCUCCCCUGCCCAGCCGGGGAGCUCGGCCCGGCCCCUCCCCUCUCAUCCAUAAAGCAGGCGCCGCCAGGGAAUCCGGGACAGCUCUGCUGACUGGUGAGCCGUUGGCAUGGCCUGGCCGCAGCUCCGGUGCUGGCGCCUCGUUCCCUCGCUGCACGGGACCCUGGGGCUGGCUCCUCUGCUGCUGCCACUGCUCCUGGCGCUGCGCGUCGGGCUCGGGGCCGACUGCCAGUGCCAGGCCCCAGCGCUGUGCCGUCCCAUCACCCAUCGUUCAUCGCCCCGACUUCGAGGUCAGUGGCCUCUCUCCCCUGACGCUCCAGAUCUGGUCCUCAAGGCCCUAAGAGGAGUUACAACUGUGAAAAGCAUAUAUGUACAAAAGAUGUAUAUUUCUUCCAUAGGAGAUGUAUCCAUAAGGGAUAUCAUUAAUGCUACUUUAAGAGCAUCCUGGUUAGCUCAACAAGUUAAGCUGGCCAAAACACAAUAUAUGGAUGGAAUUAAUCUAGAAGAAGUUGCUCGUUCAUCACAUGAAUAUUAUGCGUUAACUGCUUUAGUCAAAGAAACUGCAGACUCUUUCCAUCAUGAAAUUGAGGGAUCACAGGUAACAUUUGAUGUAUCUUGGUCUCCAAACUGCUUAGGUAGGAGGUGCUAUAAUUAUACUGGAAUUGCAGAUGCUUGUGACUUUCUCUUUGUGAUGUCUUAUGGUGAAUGAAGUCUGGUCUGGUCACAAUGUAUUGCAGGAGCCAAUUCUCCCUAUACUAAGACAUCAACUGGAUAUGAUGACUACAUCAAGAUAGGCAUUAACCCUAAGAAACUUGUAAUGGGUAUUCCCUGGUAUGGUUAUGAUUAUACCUGCCAAAAUCUAUCAGUGAAUCAUGUUUGUACCACUGCAAAAUACCCUUGUAAAGAUGCUGUAUACCGUCAGGUGGCCUAUCAAAUGAUCAUGAAGCAAGUAAAUAGUUCUACUUCUGGAAGACUGUGGGAUAAAAUUCAGCAGUCUCCUUAUUAUCACUAUCAAGAUCAGGCUGGCCAUUUUCAUCAAGUGUGGUAUGAUGACCCUCAGAGCAUUUCUCUAAAGGCAGCAUAUGUACAAAACCGUGGCUUACUUGGCAUUGGCAUGUGGCAUGCAAACUGUCUUGACUACUCUGGAGAUGCUAUAGACAAACAGCAAACUGAAGAAAUGUGGAAAGCUUUAAAACCAAAGCUGUGACAGAGAUGAACAUCUUUUGUUAAACUAUUAAGGUUUAGAAAAAUGAUCUGUUUAAACAGAUCUAGUUUCUUGAAGAGAUUAAAAAAUAUAUACCUUUUUUCAGAUUGCUACAUAUUUUAGUUAUUAGUGUACUCAAAAACAGAUAAAGAAUAAAGAAAUGCUUUGAUUGUUUGAAUUUGAAAAAUACAUACCUAUUUAUAUCUUCAGUGUACAACAACAUAAAGGUAAGAAACAAGUCAACCUACCAUAUCAAAUAUUCCUCUGUAUGAUGUUUAAUAUUAUAGUUGGGAACAACUGCUUUCACAAUUUUAUUAUGCUAAAAUUUUCUCCAUAUUAAAAUAUAUGCUUACCAAUCAAUGCUAAUUUCUAAAAUAUGUAUAAUUUGAAGUAGAAAUUUUUUGCUUAGAAAUAUAUUUUUAAAAAUUUAGUCUUUGGGAAUCAGUUUGCUCUAUAUUUUUUAUUCAAUAAAUCUAAAUUUAAAACGUGCAAUUUUGUGUCUUUAGGUUCAUUUGAUGCAAAUCAUUUUUCUCCU